AUUCAUUCUUUCAGUACUGUUUAACAGACUUGGGAACGUGCGAUUAUAAAAAAUAACUGUUUUCAUAAUGUUUGGAAUUAUUUUUGGUGUAUUCUUUAUUUGGAUAAAAGGUGUCUUUAUAAGUACGUCAGAUGGCGUUGUGCUUACACUGACUCCUUGCCAGGGUCGAUGUUCAGUUAUUGCUGGGUCAGCUUUCAAUAUCACGUGCCAACGUUCAGAUACUGCUAAGGCCUUGUUCACGUGGUACCUGGAAAAUGGUCAUACACGUGAUCACUCUAACGCGCUGACCCAAACACAGGCUUCAGUAACAGAGGGUACACUUAGUUUUGUUCCCGAAAGAAAACACCAUGGAUGGAACCUUUACUGUUUGGCCAAUUUUAUUGAGAAUAAUAGCUUUAGUCGUAUAAACGUAUCAGAGAAGAUACGACUACACGUGUUAUAUGGACCAGACAAACCCUUGUUCAAAGUAGGAGGACAAUACAUUAACUCAACCUCUGUAAGUAUAAUAGAAGGAACAAACAUCUCCAUAGAGUGCUUGGGAGACAGUAACCCGUUGGCCGCAGUAACCUGGAACAAUGAACAUUCUCUACAAAAUGGGGUGUGGCUUAACUUUACGAACAUAGGCCGCAAUAUCGAUGGGGUAUUUAAAUGUGCUUUGGAAAAUACAAUGAAAGCAUCAGACAACAACGAGCGAUAUGGGGGAAACGAAAGUUAUCUAAAUUUGGAAAUUCUCACACCACCAACGACACCUAUCAUAAGUUACAGCGGUUAUCACAUUGCGAAGAACAUCACCAUCAUCGAUGAAAGAAUCUAUGACUUUUACUGUACUAGUUCAGGAAAACCAUCACCUCAGAUUUAUUGGAAACUGUUGAAUAAUACGACAGAACAUGACGUUUUGCAAAUCCGUAAUGUUGGCGCGUUACACAACUCGACUAUCACCUGCUGCGCCAAGAACCUUAUGAUACCAGCAGUUGGUGUUCCGGAGCAUGGAUUGGAGUGCACACAUCUAAAUAUGAUCGUUUUACAUAAGCCAACGUUUGCUUUCAAUGACACGUAUGAUGUCAAGGAGAACGAUUCGUUCAACGUAACAUGUACACAGCAAAACAUAAACACGGUUGUCACGUGGAUGAGACAAGGAUACGAAAAGUGGUCAGAGAGACACAACAAAAUAUACUGGCCGGAUGUCAGAAGGGAGAACGCUGGCAAUUAUACCUGCAAAUUACGAUAUUCGAUCGCGGAUUCCUUUAUGCAUUUCAUUAGCAAUGACUCUGAACAUUCAUUCCAUUUAAAUGUUGAAUAUCCAGCGAGUGUAGUUACCUUUGAGGCUGUGGGGCACAGUGACUCUAUCGUUGUAAAUGAGAACAAAAGCAUGACCUUCAGAUGUUACGCCACAGGAAACCCUAGUCCGAUGAUACAAAUAAAGAACAACAAUCGUGUACAAAAGCAACGAAAUGCGGCUUCUCUCGGAUAUAGCGAAAACAUGACAUGCGCACACACAGGAAAAUACUCGUGCUAUGCCAAGAAUAUAAUAAACGAUGAAGAGUCAAAAUCUAAGGAUAUUAACGUUGUCGUUAAAUGCCCUCCAAGACCUGCUUCAAACAUGUCUCCAGAGUUCAACAUCACUACUACCCUACAUUCAACUGUCAUACUGCAUUUCACAGUGGUCGCGUAUCCAGUACCAACGCCUUCAGACUAUGUUUGGAAGAAAUGUGAUGUUGAAGAAUCGAACGGAACUUUGCAUUGCUACCCUCUCACUGACGGAUGGCAAUAUAAAAUAUCCACAGUUGAUUUAACGUCGUAUCUAACGAUUUCAGAUUUCACUCAGCACGACAUUGGUCGCUAUAUGUUAUCUGUUGGAAAUGGUGUUGGUGACGCAUGGAAUCAGACGUUCUUCGUCUGGAUGGAAGUUGCCCGUUCUGUAUCCACACUCAACUCGGAUGUUUUGCUACCGCUAAUUUGGGCUGGUUGUGGCACAUUAUUGUUGCUCGCAGCAACGGUACUCGUAUGCGUUUGCAGAAAAAGGAAAAUGCGAGAAAACUCUGUGGCGAACACAAGAAAUGUUGCACCACUAGUAUGUAAACGAAGGACACGAAAUGAAGAUCAGAUGUACAUUACUGCAGUCGGAGAUUUGGAACAUGAACCUCCUAUAGCGUCUCAAGAUCAGAUGUACAUUACUUCAGUCGGAGUUUUGGAACAUGAACCCCCAACAGCGUCUCAAGGAAAUGGUCAAGUUGGACAAAGCGACACUUGCAGCGUUUCAAAUGCUGUUCAUAAGUUUUCAACAUUCAAAGUUCUUCAAGAUUCUUCAGAAGUCGAAACAGCUGUGGGGGAAGAGGAUAAACACUAUGCUGAGAUAAUUGACUUGUUGGUCGCACCAACAACAACACCAAACUCAUUGUAGCGAUUUGUUCUCAGUAACUUCAAGUUUAUCAGUUAUACUUUACACGUUAAUCGUUAUACAAUGAUUUGUAAACACUAGUCUGUCGGUUACCAGUUACCAUACGUCCGUAAACCACAAGUUCAUCUAUUACAUUCAACCUCAAGUCUUUCAGUAGUAUCCAGCCAUAAGUCUAUCGAUUAUCUGCAACCACAAGUUUAUCAGUAAUAUGUUACAUAAAGGAUGUCGGUUACCAGACACAAUAUGUCCAUCGGUUAUCUGUAACAAUAACUAUGUGUAAUCACAUGUUUAGCGGCUAUCCGUUGCCACGAGUUUAUCCUUGUUAUUAUACUAUAAUAUUCUUUAACCGUGACCGCACGUAUAUCGGUUAUGGGUAAACACAAGCAAAUUUAUUCUUGAAUUGGAUAUUUGUUAAUCCAGUGUAUUUCUGUACGUAAUUGACUUUGUAUAUAUUAUGUGUAGUAGGCAAAAAUAAUUGAAAAAAACACACAAAAUACCCGUGCAUAGUUAUUAAAUAUAUUUAUUCGACCAAUAGAACGUGUGUAUGCAUAUAUUUUUAAGAGCAUUGCUCGGAAUCAGUCAUAUAUGUAUGCGGAGGUUUGGAGACACUAAUUAUGUUGAACAUAAGAUGUAAAUAAACGUGAAAUUUCCAACUGUUUAUAUGGUAACAUUCGAUUCGAAAAAUUGAAACAGAAAAGCUCAGGUGAGAAUGUCGGUUUUUGGAACAACGUUUAUUAGCAACUGAGUGUGUAAAUAAAAUAAAAGUUAUUAUCAAAAAUCAA